UGAAGUGCGCUCCUCAGCCCUAAAGCGUUCCUCCGCCUAUCAGUUUCCGCUGUGCGCCUUCUUGCUGGUCUGCUGGCUUGGCGGGGGUCGGCCACUUUGUCCCGCGGAGCUAUUGCGCUACGCGCCGCUACUCUGUGUAGCGGGUUUCGGGCGGCCACGCGUGCGGCGACAGGAACCCCACCCCGGCCGACCUUGGGCUCCAGGAAUUCGUCUCCUACGUCUGCGGAGGUGCGGCGGCCUCACUUCUAAGUGCAGGUGACCAAAUAUAUCUCAAAGUUUUUAGAAGAAGCCACCUAUACAGCCAUCAAAAUAAAAUUCCUGAAUUCAUACAAGCUACAACAAGCUAGAUCAGGAUCAUCAUAUGACAACUGGAAGGUCAUGCCUAUGGGUUACCUCAAGUUGAGGAAUUUCAGCACCUACUCACAGGCUCCAUGAGCAGAUGAAGUAGUCGGCUUUACACAGUAUCUCAGACCAAGAACUUCAUCGCCAUCUCCAACUAGCGGAAACGUCUCCCCUCCUCGACCUGGAAAAUUCUCUGACUUCGAAAUUUAAACAAAACUCUCCCCUUUCAUUUAAUCUCCAACGUCUGGAGUUUGUUUGUCUUGACCUAACCGCUUCUCUCUUUUCCUCCACUAUGGGUUCCCUGUCGAACUAUGGUCUGCUUCAGCUAACGCUUGCUUCUCUUUUGAUAAUUCGAGUGCAACCUCAACACCUGCUUGCACCAGUUUUCCGAACACUGUCUAUCUUGACUAAUCAGUCUAAUUGCUGGUUAUGUGAACAUCUAGAUAAUGCAGAAGAACCCGAACUAGUUUUUGUUCCUGCCAGUGCAAGCACCUGGUGGACCUAUUCUGGACAAUGGAUGUACGAAAGGGUAUGUCAUCUACAAGCAGAAAUGCAGAAUCACUCCACUUCCUCCUGUGAUAAAGUGACUCCGCACUGGGAAGCCUUCAUGGAAGCUCAAGGUCUAUCCUUUGCUCAAGUAAGGUUAUUGGAGGGAAAUUUUUCUCUUUGUGUAGAAAAUAAAAAUGGCACUGGACCCUUCCUAGGUAACAUACCUAAACAAUAUUGUAUUCAAACACUGUGGUUUGAUUCUACAGAUGGCACCUUCACACCCUCUAUAGAUACUACAAAGGAAUCCAGGAAAGAUUAUGAUGAUACAAGUGUUUACCUACGCACUAGACAACGUCCCUGGUUUGCAGAUUGCACAAACUGGACCUGGAACAGCUCAAUGGUUCCCUUGAUUGGUCUGCCCAGUACCCAAGACUACCAAUGGGUAGAUCGAAAUUCUGGAUUGACCUGGUCAGGUAAUGACACCUGCCUAUAUAGCUGCCAAAACCAAACCAAAGGCCUUCUGUACCAGCUGUUUCGCAACAUAUUUUGCUCUUAUGGGCUGACAGAGGCUCAUGGGAAAUGGAGAUGUGCAGAUGCCAGCAUAACUAAUGACAAAGGUCAUGAUGGACACCAGACCCCCACCUGGUGGCUCACAGGUGCCAAUCUGACCUUGUCUGUGAAUAACUCUGGUCUCUUUAUUUUAUGUGGCAAUGGGGUAUACAAAGGGUUUCCACCGAAAUGGUCAGGGCGAUGUGGACUUGGGUAUCUGGUACCUUCUCUCACCAGAUACCUUACCUUAAAUGCUAGCCAAAUUACAAACCUGAGAUCCUUCAUUCAUAAAGUAACACCACAUAGACGCACCAAACGAGACACAAACAAUCCACCUCUAUAUUACAACCCCAAGGACAAUUCAACAAUAAGGGCCCUUUUUCCAAGUUUGGGAACUUCCGAUUUAGAAAAGGCAAUUUUAAACCUUUCCAAAGCAAUAGAACAGGAAUUCAGUGCCACUCAGCAGACCUUGGAAGCACACCAAUCAAAAGUUAGCAGUUUAGCCUCUGCAUCCCCAAAUGAUCGUGUCUUGGAUAUACCGACCACCCAACGGCAAACAGCCUGUGGAACUGUUGGCAAACAGUGUUGCCUCUAUAUAAAUAAAUCGGAAGAUAUAAUGUCUGAUAUACAGCGUAUCAAAGACAUAGCCAAGAACAUGAAGAAUAUACCAUUAUUUGAUUGGGGAGUCUGGUUCAGAUCAUGGGGCUAUGUGUUUUUAAUUGUUUUUCUCUGCUUAAUCAUCUUUGUUCUAAUCUAUGUUCGGUUCUUUCACAAAUCUCGCAGAUCCCUUAACUCCCAACCUCUGUACCCAGUCUUAUCUCCACAGCAAUCAGCAUAGCUUCUUGUCAAUGAAACUUCAUGUCAAGUUUAAAAUGGGGCAAUGAAGGGACUAACAACCCAUCAGUAUGACACAAGUCUACUUUAAUCU